GGACGGAGCACAAGUACUCACAUCCUUCACGGCAGAACGUUGCCUUUGCCUUCCCUUUCCCCUUCCUUUAGCAAUGCCACUCCGCAAGAAACAAAGGCGUGAUGUCGUGCGCGAGGAAGAGCUCGUGAGCGACGAAGACGAAGAAAACACGCAGAAGAUUAUGGUGCGGUUGUUGGAUGAGUACGGCACACCCAACGGCUCACAGAUUCUGCUGCCCGCAACGGCGACGCCGAAGCAGCUCGACGAACUGCUUUCGUCGCUCAUGGAGGAUGACGACAUGAAGUCCAUCCCGUAUGCCUUCUUCAUUGGGGGGGAGCAGAUAAACACCAACGUUCAAGAAAUUCUUUUUCAGAAGCAGAAGGAUGAAUAUGUGGAGAGGAUGCUCAAGGAGGGACGGCGUGUGCGACCACAAGACGUGGAGAAGCUGGUGUUUUCUGCGCCCGAGGAGACGGUGGUGGAGAUUACGUACAAACCGCAGGCCGUAUUUCGCGUCCGCCCGGUGACGCGGUGCGCCGGCACGCUCGAUGGCCACAGCGAGGCGGUGCUGGUGGUGUCGUUCUCGCCGGAUAGCCAGGUGCUGGCGACUGGCGGCGGCGACAAGGAGGUGCGCAUUUGGGACAUGAACACCCUGACUCCGGUGGAGGAGCUGAAGGCGCACACAAGCUGGGUGCAGGUGCUGUCUUGGUCACCCGACGGCAAGUAUCUGGUGAGUGGAAGCAAGGACGGCGUCCUCGCUGUUUGGACGCAUGACGGCGAAUACGGCCAUUUCAAAUGCAAGAAGCACAAGGCGCACACGCACUACGUCUCGCACGUUUCGUGGGAGCCGCUGCACCGCAACCCGCUGUGCAAUCGGUUCGUUUCUGCGAGCAAAGAUGCCUCCCUAAAAGUGUGGAACGUCAGCACCGGUCUUGAGCGCUCUUUGUCCGCACAUCAGUCGUGUGUCACGUGUGUCAAGUGGGGCGGGGAGGACCGCAUCUACUCCUCCUCGCAGGACCGCACUGUUAUUGUGUGGGAGGCCUCCACGGGAUCGCCGCGUUGUGUGCUCCGGGGCCACGCGCACUGGGUCAAUUUCCUAGCUCUCAGCACAGACCUCGUCAUCCGCACCGGUGCCUUCGACCAUGAGGACCGUAAGUUCGACACACGCGAGGACUUAUGCGAGCAUGCGAAGCGGCGGUACGACGCUGUGGUGUCGCGGUUUGGUGGGUCGGAGCGGUUGGUGAGCUGCUCAGACGACAACACAAUGUUUUUGUGGAAUCCGCAGCAGUCAACGACGCCGGUGGCGCGGAUGACAGGCCACCAAGGCAUCGUCUUCCACAUUCAGUUUAGCCCAGAUGGCACCAUGAUCGCGUCAUGCUCCGCGGACAAGAGCGUGAAGCUAUGGAAUGCGCUGGACGGCAAGUUCAUCACUACGUUCCGCGGCCACGUAGCAGCGGUGUAUCACGUUAGCUGGAGUCUUGACUCUCGAAUGCUCGUGUCAGGAAGCAAGGACACGACGCUGAAGCUGUGGUCCGUGGCAAAGCGGGAGCUUGUGGAAGACAUGUCAGGGCACAGUGACGAGAUCUACGCCACUGACUGGAGCCCUGAUGGGCAAAAGGUCGCAACGGGUUCGAAGGACAAGCGCGUCCGAGUCUGGGUGCAUUAG